GCAGUGACGUGCCCUAGAGCUGUUGGUCUGGGGACAUCCCUGUGGACCCCGAGUCUGACACUGAACCCCGCACGCUGUCCUGGGAACCGCCUAGCCGAGCUCCCGGCAUUCUCCUCCACUUCCAGCAGGAAGUCAUUAUGUGACUAACACAUUGUCAUCAGAUUUCCUCUGAUUUAUCGUGAAGUGUAUGUGAGAAUGAUGUGCACUGCCAAAAAAUGUGGAAUUAGGUUCCAGCCUCCGGCUAUUAUCUUAAUCUACGAGAAUGAAAUGAAGGGUAAAAAUCGCCAGCGCAUCAUGCCAGUCCGAAACUUUUCCAAGUAUUCAGAUUGCAGCAGAGCUGCUGAACAAUUAAAGAAUAAUCCACGACACAAGGGUUACCUGGAACAGGUAUCCCUGAAGCAGCUGGAGAAGUUAUUCAGCUUUUUACGAGGUAACUUGUGGGGGCAGAGUCUGGCAGAAACAAUGGAACAGAUUCAACGGGAAACAACCAUUGAUCCUGAGGAAGACCUGAACAAACUAGAUGACAAGGAACUUGCCAAAAGGAAGAGCAUCAUGGAUGAACUUUUUGAGAAAAAUCAGAAGAAGAAGGAUGAUCCAGAUUUUGUCUAUGAUAUUGAAGUGGAGUUCCCACAGGAUGAACAGCUACAGUCCUGUGGCUGGGACACAGAGUCAGCUGAAGAUUUCUGAUAACCAAAAACUGGAAAAAAAAAUUAUUGAGUAGUAGAAAAUGCAUAUUUAUACAAGACCAUAGAUUGAUUGUAGAAAAAUCUGUAAAGAACACUGGACGGAUUAGGUCACAUUUGGAUUGACAGUGUUACUUUUCCAAACCGGGAUAUAUAUAGCAUCUACUAUGUAGGUGCCUGUGGAAUAUAGGAAAACAAAAUAUAGGGAUCUGCCUUUAAGGAGCUUACAGUCUAAUUGGAAGAUAAGUCAAAAGCUUGUGAAAAGCUAAUUUAAUGGUAUUAGGUGGCAAAAAGAUUAGUUCCAAAUGCUUGAUAAAGAGGAUCAGAACCUAGAUUACUGUAAGGUAGAAUAGUCAGGAAGGACUUUGUCCUUCAGUGGCAAAAUGGUAUUUUGCUGGCCCUUGAGACGGUAGUAUUUGGAUAGAAGCUUAGGUAGGAUUCCUGAUUAGAGAAAUUGGGAGGGAAAAAAGAGGGAUGUUGUGGGAGAUUGGCAAAGACAUAGGAAUUAGAACAUUUUAUUUGAGGAACAGUAAGCAAAUUAUAAUGGGAUAAUAUUGGAGGUCAUGAUGAUUGCUAGGGGAGUAUCCUGUAUAUAUUAUCUUUAUAUGUAUUUAACUCUGUAGUAGAUGAGAACCCCUGUAGAAUGCUCUGUAGCUGCAAAUGGAUAUAAUUUGAUGGACAGCAGGGGAAUUCUGGGCCCUCUCCCUGCCCUAGUAUCAGGAAAUAUACACUCAAGACAUUCUGAAACCUGAACCUCUUCUCAUAAAUAAGAAGUUUGUUCAUAAAAUGGGAAAUCUACCCAUAAUAAAUGAACAUAAGUACUGCCAGUUUAGGCCUAUUCAUGACUUUGUAUCUACAAAGAGAAUAUCUUUGUUGUACACGGUAAUAUACGUAUAGAUACAUCUUUCUUCAUAUUAGAAUAUUAUUUAAUUGGUAGAAAUCCUCUGUUUUCUGCAAGGAAAUUAGUACUCAUUAAAUAAAGUUGUAAAAAUUACUCUUUCUACCUGUCCAUCUCUGCUCUCUUGAGCAUUAAAAGUCUCGUUAAAAAGAUCAUUCUUAUAGUGGUAUCACCAAGGAUUUAAGGUGGCCAUGUCUCAAAUGUUUAUUUGCCAAAGGUAGCAAAAGAACUUUCAGAGCUGGAGAUCCCUCCAUAACUGCGUAUUACUCCACUGUGUAGAUAUAGAUGAUCUACUUCAAAAGUUGGCCUUGGGUUGUUUUCCCCUUUCACUAUUACGAACAGUACCACAGUGAAAAACCUUGUACACUCCCCAUCUUGCAGAACUGUAAAUGACACCUGGAGGGGAAUUGCUGGGUUUGUGCAUCCAGAAUUAUAAUAGAUACUGCUAGAUUGUCUGCCCAAGAGUCCCAUUCAUUCAGUCAGUACUUAAUGAGCACCUACAACGUGCUGAGCUUCUACUGUUCAAGAGUCUGGGGGUGCAGCCUUUGAUAAACUUUACAGUCUGCUUGGAGGGGAGAAACAAUAAACACAUAGAAUAAUGUCAUAUGAUACCUGCUCAGAGUUAAAAACAGAGUGAAAAGAGAAUGAUGGUAUGGGUGCCGCUGCUUUUGACAGGGACUUCAGAGAAGGCCUCACUGAAGAGGUGACAUUUGAGCAAAGGCUUGAAGGAGGUAAGGAAAAAUUGAUGUGCAUAUCAGGGGUAGUGGAAAAUGGGAAGUACAUAGGUCCCCAAGGCUGGAGUGUGCUUGAUGUAUUUGAGGAAGUGUAAAGAGGCCAGUGUGGUUAGAACAGAUUGAGCAAAACAAAAAUGGUAGGAGAUGAGGUAGAGUGUAUUUUACGAAUGCACAGUAAAAACAUUUCUGUAGUAAGGUGGUAGCAAUUUAAACUAUCAGCAGUACAUAAGAGUACCUAUUUUCCCCACAUGCUCAUCGAAAGAGUUACCAUACUUGAUCUUUGUCAGUUUUAUAAUUUGAAAAUGGUAUCUCCAUAGUUCUAAUUUGCAUUGCUUUUAUUAUGCAUGAGACUGAGUGACUUCAUACACUAUGAGAUAAGCCUUUUUUAAAUGAAAUAAAAAAUGUUACGUC